AUGCGAACUCUCCAUUUAUUGAGUUAUCUUUUGGCAAUAGCAUGGGCUGAUCUAUUCACGGCAACUGCCGAUUUACAGCACAUGUUGGGUGCCGAGAAAAACAUCGUACCGGUGAUCAACGAUUACAUUGAGGCCGAACAGGAAAGAUUGGAACAAUUGAAAAAAUUCGCUGAAGAGUACAACACAAGGAAUGCAGAGGCACAAGAAGUGGGCACGGAAUUUGUGACGAAUCCGAUCAAUGCUUUUCUUCUCAUCAAAAGAUUGACAUCUGAAUGGAGACAGGUGGAGGAGAUGAUGCGGAAUAAUCAUGCACAUCGAUUCAUCAAAAAUAUUACGGUGAGACGAGAGGAAAAUGAGGUAAAAUUCCCGGGUGAGGAAGAUCUGUCGGGAGCCGCGAUUGCUCUGCUUCGACUUCAAGAUGUUUACAAAUUGGACACACACGAUCUAGCGAAUGGAAUGAUUCGAGGAGAAAAAGUCGGACACAAACUGAAUGCACAUGAUGUUUUCGAGGUUGGCCGAGCUGCCUACAAUGCAAAAGAUUACUAUCACUGUUUGAUGUGGAUGCAAGAAGCGCUGAAUAGGUUGGAAAACGAGAAUCCACAAACAAUUGAGGAGUCGGAGAUUUUGGAAUACCUCGCCUAUUCACUGUAUCAACAGGGAAAUGUGAGAAGAGCGCUGACAUUGACAAAGAAAUUGGCCCGAAUCGCGCCAGGUCAUCCAAGAGCUAGAGGAAACAUCAAAUGGUAUGAGGAUCGUCUUGAUGGAAAAGAAUUACAAGGAGAUUUACCACCAGUUGUCAAUAAGAGAGUUGAAUGGGAUGGAAUCCCGGAAAGAGACGCAUAUGAAUCGCUGUGUCGCGGAGAGGAAAAAAAGCCGACACCUGAAGAACAACGAAAACUUUAUUGCUAUUAUAAAAAUGAUCGUCCCUUCUUAAAGAUUGCUCCAAUCAAAGUUGAAAUCAUUCGACACAAUCCACUUGCCGUUUUGUUUAAACAAGUUGUCAGUGAUCGGGAGAUCGCUGUCAUUCAAGAUUUGGCAAGACCAAAAUUGAAACGAGCAACGGUGCAAAAUGCGGUGACAGGAGAGCUUGAACAUGCAUCGUAUCGAAUCUCAAAGAGUGCUUGGCUAAAAGAGAUGGAGAGUGAAGUGGUUGCAAGAGUGAAUCGACGAAUUGGUGAUAUGACAAAUCUGAAUCAAGAAACUUCUGAAGAUUUACAGAUAGCUAAUUAUGGCCUUGGCGGUCACUAUGAUCCACAUUACGAUUUUGCGAGGAAAGAGGAGACAAAUGCCUUCAAAACUCUCGGAACUGGCAAUCGAAUUGCUACAGUAUUAUUUUAUAUGUCUCAGCCGGAUCUCGGUGGAGCCACAGUUUUCAACAAACUUGGAAUUGCCUUUUUCCCAUCAGUUCACGACGCACUCUUCUGGUAUAAUUUGAAACGAAAUGGUGAUGGAGAUAUGCGUACCCGUCAUGCUGCUUGUCCUGUGUUGCUUGGAGUGAAAUGGGUGUCGAACAAAUGGAUCCACGAGCGCGGCCAAGAAUUCACUCGUCCCUGUGGAUUGGAUGAAGAUGUUUAUGAACGUUUCGUUGGAGAUCUUUCACCCAUGCAUCGACCAAUC